GACGCGAGGCUGCGCGGUACCGCGGGGGCGGCUCCUCUCGGUGCGCUCUUCAGCCCGCGCAGCCUCAUUUUCCCGCGCUCGUGCGCUGCGGUCACUCAGGGCUGCUGCUAGAGGGCGCGCCCAGCCGCGUGGCCCUGACUACUACAAAUCCCAGAAGGUCAUGCAGUGGGGGCGGCCGCGGUGACUUCUGGGAUUUGUGGUCCCGGAGAAGAGAUUGGCGGAGGGGAAAGACUGAGUCGUCUUUCCUUUGCCCGCUUCUGUGGACUGUUCGAACGCCCAGGGGUGGGCCAGACCCGUUUCUUAGGAAACCAGGAAUCCAGGGAAGGCAGAAUGGCUUCCUUUGGGUGGAAGAGGAAAAUUGGUGAGAAGGUCUCAAAGGUCACUUCCCAGCAGUUUGAAGCUGAAGCUGCUGAUGAGAAGGAUGUAGUUGACAACGAUGAAGGGAACUGGCUUCAUGCCAUUAAACGUAGGAAAGAAAUUCUUCUUGAAGGCUGUGCUGAGAAAAGUAAACAGCUGAAGGAUGAAGGAGCCAGUCUGGCUGAAAAUAAAAGAUAUCGGGAGGCAAUUCAGAAGUGGGAUGAAGCACUACAGUUAACUCCAAAUGAUGCUACCCUAUACGAGAUGAAAUCACAGGUGCUAAUGUCUCUUCAUGAAAUGUUCCCAGCAGUACAUGCAGCAGAAAUGGCCGUCCAGCGAAAUCCACAUUCAUGGGAGUCUUGGCAGACUUUGGGACGUGCUCAACUUGGUUUAGGAGAGAUAAUCCUGGCAAUUCGAAGUUUUCAAGUAGCCCUUCACAUCUAUCCAAUGAACCCUGAAAUAUGGAAAGAAGACCUCUCUUGGGCAAGAACGCUCCAGGAGCAGCAGAAGGUAGCACAGAGGAUUAAAAAAAGUGAAGCACCAGCUGAAGUAACACACUUUUCACCAAAGUCAAUUCCAGACUAUGACUUUGAAAGUGAUGAGAUUGUUGCUGUUUGUGCAGCUAUUGCUGAGAAAGAGAAGACAGUUUCAGCAAAUAAAACAAUGGUUAUUGUGUCUGCUUCUGGGGCCGUAGAGACUGUAACUGAAAAGGAGGAUGGUGCUACACCACCAGAUGGCUCUGUUUUUAUCAAAGCCCGAUGAAGCAGUAUGCAUAGGAUUAUUUGAAUCUGUCUUUUUGAUUGCCUCUUGAAGUUUUGACUUAGAGACAUUUACUCUGGAGAUAGAUAGGAGAACUCCUGGUUGUAAAAUAUGUUUUUCAGAUGAGGCAUAUAAAAACUAAAAUGGCAGGAUUAUUGUAUAGUGUUUGGAAUAUGCUUUGAUAAGUUAUGAUUUAUAUUUCUCAAGGUUAAAAUUCUGAGUAAAAUGGUCUUUGAUUAAUAAACUUAGUUUAAUCUGAAUAUGUAAAUGAAUACAUUUUAAAGACAAAACUUGAAAAGUGUAUUCUUGAAUAGUGGAAUAGUGAAUAAUUUGAUCAAUGUUACUGAAAUGCUGUCUCAACUUUCGUUUUAUGAUAAAGGAAGUGUGUGAUUUCCCUCCCUCUGAGAAAUAUACUGCGCUUAAUCUUUGCUGUCUUUUUCUUGCUUCAUUAGUCUGUCAGAAAGCUUGAAUAUUUUUGACAUUCAUUUUGAUUCAAAGUUGUCGUUUGGUUAUAUGUGGAAUCUUUGAAAGUUUGGCUGAAAAUGCUCGCAAAUGUGUACAUUCUGAACAUUUUCUGAAGUUUCUCUUAAUUCUGAUUUGUGUUUCUGUUUUGACUUUGAAGUUGUAACAAUUAUAGUUGUCUCCUUCAGUAUUUGGUAAAAGUGUAAAGUAUUGAUAAAUAUGAGAAUGAUGGUUUUAUUUUUUAAUUGUUACAGUAAGUAAUCCUUACCACAAAUGAGUCAUUUUUAAAAUAUGCAUUUUUAAAUGAAUGGCUUUUACAGAUAGGUUAAUGACAAUUGUACUGCUAUAUUAUCCCAGUCAAAACCAAUACUUUCUUUUCUUUAUUUUACAAAGCUUUAAAAACCCUGGAAACAACUUACUUCUUGCUUGAUGACUGGGAAUUACUUUUCUAGAUAACUUUUUUUGAAACUACUCAGUGAAAUGAAAAAUAAUUACAAUUUUAAAUAGCUAAUUAUAUCUUUCUAAAAAUAAAAAAGUAGGGCUGUUAAUAGAGUGCCAAUUAAUAAAUAACUUAAGCACAAAAUACAUAGAAAUUGGAAUGUGAUUUAUAGUACAAUCUCAUGAGUAUGAAAAGGCUAUAUUAAAAAAAUAUUUUAUUGAAAGUCCACAGUCAUAUUCACAAACCAAUACUGUCAUUGCUAAUCUGAACUAUUAUUUUUAUACUAUAUAUUGUAGUAUAAUAAUAUAGAACUGUUGGGUUCUGUUACUUCUGACACUCAGGAAGAUACUAUUGGUGUAUUAAUUUUAUCUUUGUUAGAGAUGAAAGUAGCCCACUUUAUGUUAAAGAUCUUACUACUGUUGGAGCUUAUAAGUAAUGAUCUACAUUUUUUAUGAAGAUGGUUUUUAAAACUUUCGUUUUAUUGGAAUGCAUAUCUCUUUUCAGGGUUGGAGAAAUUAGCACUUGCCUUGAAAAGAAUAUUCUUUCCUUAAGUUAUAUCAUCAGAAAAUUAGCUCUGGUUAGAGAGGUUAGUUUCAGAGUGCUCCAAAAAUAUGUUAAUUAUUUUAUUUUGUUUAAUAAAGAACAUUCUCAAAACGUAAAUAGGUAUCUACAGAAGUGAGUACUCAACAUUUGGUAUAUUGUUUUGAGUAAUGGAUGUUUGUUUAUUGUGUAAUUUGUGAAUAAAUAGUUUUUUUCUGCA